AACGCUUCCUGUUUUGUAAACUGCAACACACACACACUAACAACCGAGAAGAGCAGAGAAAAGCACAAACUCAUCCACGCCAACGCUUUAAUUAACUAUUCAAGGAGAUAGUUGAAAUGUUUCUACCCCGGCGUUCACGCUAACGCAAAGUUUGGUAACUUUAGACAUCAGUGUCGGUUUAGAAACCGAAAUGCCGUCCCGUGUUGAGGACUACGAGGUGCUGUCCUCCAUCGGCUCCGGCUCGUAUGGACGGUGCCAGAAAAUAAGACGAAAAACCGACGGGAGAAUCCUUGUGUGGAAGGAGCUGGACUAUGGCACCAUGGCAGAGAGCGAGAAGCAGAUGCUGGUGUCAGAAGUGAACCUCCUCAGGGAGCUUAAGCACCCAAACAUAGUGAGGUACUACGACCGCAUCAUAGACCGCACAAAUAGCACUCUCUACAUUGUCAUGGAGCACUGCGAAGGCGGGGACUUGUCAAGUCUCAUCAGUCAGUGCAUCAAAGAAAGGCGUUAUUUGGAGGAGCAGUUCAUCCUGCGGGUCUUGGUGCAGCUCACAUUAGCCUUGAAGGAGUGUCACAGGCGGAGCGACGGCAGGGCCACGGUUCUGCAUCGGGACCUUAAACCAGCCAACAUCUUCCUUGACAUCAGGCAGAAUGUCAAACUUGGUGACUUUGGACUCGCAAGGAUUCUGAACCACGACACCAGCUUUGCAAAAACAUUUGUUGGGACGCCGUACUACAUGUCUCCAGAGCAGAUUAACAGGAUGUCAUACAAUGAGAAGUCAGAUAUUUGGUCACUGGGAUGCUUGCUGUAUGAACUUUGCGCGUUAUCCCCCCCGUUCACUGCUUACAACCAGAAGGAGUUGGCGGGGAAGAUCAGAGACGGGAGGUUUAGAAGAAUCCCAUACCGAUACUCGGAAGAACUGAACAUCCUACUCAGCAAAAUGCUCAACCUAAAGGACUAUCUGAGGCCUUCUGUAGAGUCUAUUCUCCAGAGCAGCUUGUUGAGUGUUGUGGUUGCGGAGGAGCAGAAGAAGGCACAGGUACGGCACCGAAGAAAGUCUGCAGACUCUGAAAGUCCUCCAAACAAGCCAGUUGAAGCGGUGCCCACCUCCGCUGCAGAGCUCAGACUCCGGGACCAGGCGCUCCGGGACAAGGAACAUGCGCUUAAGGAGCGAGAGGAGAGACUGGAGAAGAGGGAGAAUGAGCUUUGUGUUCGUGAGCAACUGGCAAACGAAAAGCUUGCACGAGCAGAGAAUUUGCUGAAGAAUUACAGCCGGCAACGACAGCAGAGGGAACUACCGCUGAUAUAUGGCAAAGACAUAGAUGUGGAGAAUCUGUCCCCUGGCAAGAAGAAGGUCCAUUUUGCCGGUGAAAGCAAAGAGAACGAGCAGCCUGACUGUCGUCACAGUGCCACGUCCCAGGAGAUGAUGAGGAGGAGGCUGCAGGCGGCCAAUCUGCGUGCCCAGAAACUGAGCGAAGUAGAGAAGAUUUGUCAGUUCAAAAGCAGGCAGAUCCUCUGCCUCCGCUGAUCACACAGACAUAACCCCCUUACUUAUGACUGAAUGUAAAACUCCCGAGUCACUACAGCUGGGUGUAAAUACUGAGUUAUUUUUAACAUUGAAUAGAUGUGACAGUAGUGAAGAAAGUUGUCGGAAAAGGUGUGUGCGUGUGUGACUGCAAACUUUGUAGUUUUGAAAGUUUCAUUUGGUUGUACAGUGAUGUGUCAGAAAUUCAGGCAGCUAUUGUGGUUAACAGUGUAAUGUGUGUGUUCCUGCUGUAUUUAUGGUAAGGUGUUUCAUAAUUAUAUAUUUGGCAGUAGAUAUUAAGAGGUACGAUAACUGGAAUAAUGUCUUCCAAACCUCUGAUGAAUGUAGAUAUACAUGAAAGCUAUCCUUAAUGAUUAUUAGUAUGACUCAUUUGACUUUAACAUGUCAGUCACAAAGCAUAAAUCAAUAGAUUUAUAUUUUAAAAGAUUUACAUUUUGUUUGAGAUUGUAAGCUUUCUAAUUGCUCAAAACAAUUAUUAAAAUGACUUUGAUCACA